AUGACUCCUCCUGCCCGUGGACGGGGCACAAGUCAACGGAGUCCGACCGUUCUGGUCACCGAUUCUCGCGAUCAUCAGCCCGCCUCCACAACUCGACGACACCGAUCUCCUGCCACCCGUUUCAUCACCGUCGAUAAUGUGCUCCAAUAUGCCUCUGAUGUUCCCUCAAUGCAGCAACGGCAGCCGCCGCCAACCUCGCGACCACGUCGACUGCCAUCGGGUGGGCUAAUGGGCCAUGCCAGCGGAUCUUCAACACUCCCCAGUUCAACUGGCACUAUUGGACGACUGGCAGCACAACCGCGCCUUCCCCCACGGACAACCAAAGUCAGCGAGAAGCUCGUUCUUCUUCCCGACACGGGCGGCGUCGGCGAGGAAGACACCGCGGAAGACGACGAAGACGAUGACCCCGAUCAUGUGGAUGAGGAGCUUGUGGAUCUGUUGGCCAAGCAAAAACAUAUGGAUCCGGAAUUAAUCAGACGCCAGCUGCAGGAGCAGAAGCGACUAGGCGGUGAUUUUGGCGUCGACAAUGACGUUGCACCUUUGCUGGCCGAAGAAGAUCUGCACCGAAAGCGACGUAUUGCUCCCGAAAAGGCGAAGAGUUAUGCCGAGCGAUUGCCCAAGGCCCGCCGUGCAGAGAAGCUCGCUCGUGUCACCGCAUACUGUACCGCACAGGCCUACAAGAUGGGAUCGUUGGCGUCGUUCGUCAAGGAAUGGCAUGGGGCCCGGACCAAGCUGUACGAUGACUGUCUCUACACAGCCUACCAUCUUCCCCUUUUGCCGGGUCACGAAGGAUAUCGCUUGCGCAGCAGUCCCGUUGUCAAAUUCCCCGGCGGCAAGUCCCUCCUGGACGAGGAAAUUGAACGCAAUGAACUUCGUGAUCACCAUGACGAUUACAUCGGCGAAUUUGAAGAACACUCGGUUGGGGGUCGUAAUCGCUCCGAGGGACAUCACGAUGAGUCCUCACGCGAUUCUGACCAAAGCUCGCGAGAGCAGAGCCAAGAUCGAUUCUUGACCCACAUAUCGGAAGAGGAGAGUCGCAUCCAAGAGAACAACGAAUCACCCAGUGACUCUAACCAUUUCCAGACCUCAACAGAGGUGGAACAGGACCAACAGACUUCUGAAAUGCCGCCUCCUCGUCGUCGUCACAGCUCUGAUGAUAGUCACACUCUUUUGCGAGAUCUUGUGUCUCCAACGGCCAAACCGUCAUCAUCGAGAUCUCCCGCGCCGGCGCGGACUCUUUACAACGUUGCGGAGAUGUUCGUCUUUGGUUACGGCGUCGUGGUCUUCUGGAACUUUACUGAGCGACAGGAGAAGGAUCUGCUGGCAGAUCUGGCAUUUGCAACCUCAUCGGCGACUGGAACGCCCAUCCCACUCACGACAAUGCCGCUGCACGAGGAAGACUUUGAGACAGAGGAAUUCCACUUUGAAUACUCGACAGAGAUCUCACGCCCUCGUGUGUAUAAUGAUAUGAUUACUCUGCGGAGUGGUGACCACAUGAUCAAGCUGGCGAUCAGUCACGGCAUUUCCCAAAGCACAAAAUUGUGUUUCUUCGAGGAGGUCAUGGCCCGUCAAAUGGCCGAUGCAAAGGAUGUUCCCCGCCGUCUCGCCAUGACCGGAAAGUUGGGCAUGAAACGUGAUGAAGUCUUCCGAAUUCUUGGCCGUCUCUUCAAGAGCCGAGUUGAAGUCAAUCUUUCGUCCAACAUGCUCGACGUUCCAAAUUUCUUCUGGGAAAGCGAACCUACUCUUUACCCGCUUUACCUCGCUGUUCGAGAAUACCUGGAAAUCAAACCACGAAUCCAGGUGCUCAACGAGCGCUGCCGAGUGUUCUUAGACCUUGCAGAAAUUCUGUCCGACUCGAUAGCCGACAAUCGCACUUCUCACCAAACCUGGAUCAUCAUUGUCCUCAUUGUCAUUUCUAUCCUCGUCACCUUGGCAGAGGUGUUCCUACGUUUCGGGCUUCUCCAUGCCCGUGAAGGUGCUGUUUCUAGCCCGACUACUAUCCUUGCCCGCGCCAUGGGGCGAUCAAUUCCUUCCCCAUCUUCGGGGUGGUCUUCCGCCAAUAUUCCUCCCGGGUGUGUCUGUCCUUCUCCUAUGCCCGGUAGCGGAACAGAGUUGGGUGUCGGUUCAAUUUGGGGCUAG